AUGCCCUUCAAUACUGAAUCCAAGCCUGUUGCUUUAAAAGAUACUGAUUUAUUCAAACCUCUUAAAGUCGGGAAUACUACCGUUUUAAAUCGUGUUGUCUUACCCCCUCUAACUAGAAUGAGAGCUCAUUAUCCUGGUAAUGUGCCAAAUAGAGAUUGGACUUUAGAGUAUUACGAUCAACGUUCUAAAAGGCCAGGUACCAUGUUAAUCACUGAAGGUGUUUUUCCAUCUGCCAAAGCUGGUGGUUAUGAUAAUGCUCCUGGUAUUUGGACUGAAGAACAAAUGGUGGAAUGGAAGAAAAUCUUUGACAAGAUUCAUGAAAACGAGUCCUUUGUUUGGCCACAAUUAUGGGUUUUAGGUAGAGAAGCUGAUCCUCUUUCUUUAGCCAGAGAUGGUUUAAGAUAUGAUUCUGCUUCCGAUAAUGUUUGGAGAACCAAAGAAGCUGAAGAAGAAGCUAAAAAAGCUGGCAUUGAACAACAUGGUAUCACUAAGGAUGAAAUUAAGCAAUAUAUCAAAGAUUAUGUUCAAGGUGCUAGGAAUUCCAUCAAAUGUGGUGCAGAUGGUAUUGAAAUUCAUGCUGCUAAUGGUUAUUUGUUAAAUCAAUUCCUCGACCCAGUUUCCAACAAGAGAACUGAUGAAUAUGGCGGGUCUAUUAAAAAUAGAGCUUGUUUCACUUUAGAAGUUGUUGACGCUCUAGUUGAUGCUAUUGGUGAGGAUAAAGUUGGUAUCAGAUUGGCUCCAUAUAACACCAAUGGUGAUAUGUCUGGUAGUUGGGAUCCAACUGUGUUUGCUCAUUAUGCUUACGUUUUGGGUAAAUUGGAAAAGAGAGCACAAGCUGGUAAACGUUUGGCUUUCGUCCAUAUCUUCGAACCUCGUGUUUCUAAUCCAUGGGAUAAUGAAGGUGAUGGUGCUUAUAAUGGUGGUACUACUGAUUACGUUUACUCAAUUUGGAAGGGUGUUGUAAUCAGAACUGGUAAUUUGGCAAUUCACCCUGAAAUUGCCAAGGAAUUUUUAAAGCAACCAAACACUUUAUUAGGAUACGGUAGAUAUUUUAUUUCUAACCCAGAUUUAGUUGAUCGUUUAGAAAAAGGGUUGCCAUUGAACUUAUAUGAUAGACCAAGAUUUUAUGCUAUGCCUGAUAAAGGUUACAUUGAUUAUCCAACUUAUGAUGAAGCCAUUAAAAUGGGAUGGGGUGAAAAAUAA